AUGCCUACUACUCAGCCUGUUCGCUCUUAUUUACCUGACAGCAUGUCUCAUGCUCACAGAUUCUUUGCUUUUCUCAUGUUGUUUCUGGUGUUUUCAACAGAAGGUGCUGUCUAUGGACAUUAUUCGGCUCAUUGCCAGUUUAGUUCCUAUGAUGGUCAUGAUGCUGUGUUCCUCGAGCAGGUUUACUUCAAUAAGUUACUACUAAUGCAAUACAACAGCAGUGUGGGGAAAGCAGUUGGUUACACAAAGACGGCACAAGAAUUUGCAGAUAAGUUCAAUAGUGAUGAGAGCUUUAUAUCACAUCAGGAGUGGAAAAUAAGCCUUUGCAAAAGUAAUGCCCCACAGGUAUAUAACAUUCCCCUGGAUCUAGUCGAGCCCGAUGUUUGGUUGAGGUCCGUGAAGGUAGCAGACAGCAGACAUCCAGCCAUGCUCAUCUGCAGUGUGUACAACUUUUACCCAAAACAAAUCAGAGUGAUGUGGCUGAGGGACGGCAAGGAGGCGACAUCUGAUGUGACAUCCACUGAAGAGCUGCCAGAUGGAAACUGGUUCUACCAGAUCCACUCCUACCUGGAGUUUACCCCAAAACCUGGUGAGAAAAUUUCAUGUGUGGUGGAGCACGCCCGCCUCAUGGAGCCCAAGGUUUAUGACUGGGACCCACUGCCUGACACAGGGAUGAAUAAGAUCAUCAUUGGUGUAGCAGGGAUGCUGCUGGGUUUGGUGUUUUCAGUUGCUGGACUCAGUUACUACAAGAAGAAAACCAGUGGACGGGUGGUGGUGCCAACAACUGAGGUUUUAUACCCCGAUGGCACACUUUGA